CCGAGCCGCCAUCCAUCGAAAUAACCCGACCGAAACCGAUCGUAAACAAGGUUUAAGCUGAGACAAAACCCAUUCUCUCCUCUAUCAGUGUACACUCUCUAUUCCCCUCCCCAGCUACUGUUGACGGCGUUGAACUGCCGGACUACCAGGGCGAUCGUUUUCUAGUUUGUCUUCUCUCCCCUCACGGCUCUCUCUAACUGCUCACUAUUUUGUUCUCUGUGACCGUCGCUACCCAUCAUUCUUUCUCAAAGAACCGCCAAGAAUCAACAACCACAGCUCUUGCCGUAGAUUUAAAGUUUUUCCUUUUUCAAAGGAAAAAAGAAAAGAAAAUCAAGAGGGAUAGCAAAUGGAAGAAUCUCAUGAAAGAGAAGAGUGUACUCUUGUCGCUAGAAAACCCUGUUUUGGACUCCCAACUGCUUGCCCAAUUUGCUUGCCUGUCUACAUCUAUCUCAAGUUAGCUAGGCUUCCCUUUCGCCUGGAUUUCAAUUCCACUUAUCCAGAUUCAGAUCAAAUUCCUUACGUUGAAUCUGGUGCAUAUGUGGCCUAUAAUAAUGAGAGUGGUGGAGUUAUUCAACGUUUAAAGGAAGAUGGUAUUGUUAAUUUGGACACUGAAUUCUGCUCAAUCCCAGAAUGGAUAUCAAUGAAAGCAAUGAUUAGCUCCUGGCUUGUAGAUGCAGUCAUGUAUGAGCUCUGGUUGGGAUCUGAUGGAAGUUCUGCUUUCAAGAUUUAUUAUUCUGACCUUCCUUGGUUAAUAGGAAAGGUCUUAUUUGUCAAGCAAGCAUACACUGUUAAGCAGCAACUUGGGAUAACAAAAGAAAAUGCAGAACGAAGGGAAGAAGAGAUUUACAAGAGAGUGAAAAUUGCAUAUGGAGCUUUGUCAACCAGAUUGGGUGAACAGGAGUUUCUCUUUGAGGACAGGCCAUCAAGUUUGGAUGCAUUAUUCCUUGGGCAUCUUCUUUUCACUCUUCAAGCAUUACCUGAAGCAUCGGUUCUUCAAAGUUCACUUUUAGAGCAUGGUAAUCUCAUAAGAUAUGCUGAGAAACAUAAGACUGAUUUCUUGGAUGCUGGUUCAUCAUGUUCUGCUGUCCCAUGGUUCCCCUCUGAUUCUUCAUCGUCAACUCCAAGAAGAAGUCCUUCAAAUUCUAGUGAGAUAUUUUUCAACUUCUGGACUUGCAUUUUCCUUUUUAAUGUUGUCCUUCAAAUUCUAGUUCAAAGCCUAAGAGAAAACCCAAGAGGGAAAAGACAGAAGAGGAGAAAACUUUCAAAAGAAGGGCAAAAUAUUUCUUGGCAACACAGGUGGUAGCUAUUUUACUCUUUCUCUCUGUCAUGGGUGGAUAUGACUUUUCUGAGGUGGAGGUUGGUGACGACGAUGAAGGCUAUGGUUAUGACUGAGAAGACAUUGAUUUAUUUGCUGAGAUUGCCUGCCCCUCUAUGAUGCCCUGGUCAUAAGUAUCAGCAUCCUAAGGAUUCUUUUUGCUUCAUUCUUGUAAUUUUGUUUAGACAUGUUUUUACCCCCAGAAUAAUCAUAUACAGAAGUCAAUAGAUAUUAUUAGUCGUGCAAUAGACUAAUAUUUCAGGUCAUUCUGAAGGGAAAUUCUUAACAAUAGAUCAAUAUUUCAAGUGUUUCUGCAGGGAAAUCCUUAGUAGUUGGAUUCUAAUAUCUUAUUUUUGAAAUAUUUGAUUGUUUUU